AUGGAAGAUUUACCAGAUUUCCUUCCCGGACUACUUCUGGAACUACCAUUAUCAUCGUCAUCAGAAUUACGCAUUGUAGUGGCAAUCAGAUUCGGAAAUGCUGGAAGUACGGUAUUGGAUUUAGAACAUGAAGUGGAAGUGAUGGGAUUUCUGGAGCGAACGGAUAUAUUUUCUGGAUAUGGUAGUAUUGUCGUGUUUUUAGUGAUAAUAGUUAGGAGACUGACUGAUCUAACCAGUUUCCUGAUUUUAUUAGACGACAAUGUCAUUAUUUCACAGGAUUUGAUAUGGCGUGUGUCGUGA